AAAAUCCUUAGGACUGCCACUUCCAUACAAACUUUCAAAGUCGUCUAAAUAGUAGUAAGUGAUAACUUCGAGAUCAGGACUUUCAKAGRGAAUCCUUYGAAAGGCUUUGAUCAAAUGCCCACCCUACUGAAACAAGAACUCUUGCGUUUUCUGCUAUGUGUUAUGCUGAACAUGAUACUUCUUUGUACAUCGCCAACUAAAGGAAUACAAUGCAUCACAAAUCCACUUGGCAUGAGUUCAGGAGACAUCAUUAACGACCGUCUUUCAGCCUCAUCCUUUCAACGAUUAACCAUAAACCCAAGAUUACAUUCAAAAUCAUGCUGGUGCCCUGAAUCAAGAGACUUUACACCUUACCUCACAAUUGAUUUGGGUUCACAUCAUGUGGUUUGCGCUGUUGGUACACAGGGUUGCAAUAUUGCUGAUCGUUGGGUAAAAUCGUAUCACAUUUCGAUAUCCUCAAAUGGAAUCUUAUGGUCUCUGUACAAGGAAAGCAAUGUGACAAGGAUUUUCUACGGGAACCACGACCGAUCGACGAUAUCUCAUGAAUUAUUGUACCACAGCCCCACAGCAAGAUAUGUCCGUAUUGCACCCCAAACAUAUCAUGGUGCACCAUGCUUGAGGAUGGAGAUUUAUGGCUAUCAACUGGAAUCAAGUAAACUUACAUUAAGUUAGGAACCGCUAAAUAUUCAAAGUGUAUAUGACUCCAAAAUUGUUAUUGCUCGAAACGAUCUGCAGAGUAGCUUGUUUAGGAAAAUGCGUUUCGGGAAAGGGAACAUUGAAAAUAG